CCGCGCCGUGUCCCCCCCCAUCACCCCCAUCACCCCCCCCCCAGUGCAACGUGGGGCGGGGCCGGUGCGUGAAGAUGGCAGCGCUGAGCAGCGAGCCGCUGGGGCUGGAGCGGGAUGUGGCGCGCGCCGUGGAGCUGCUGGAGCGGUUGCAGCGAAGUGGGGAGCUGCCCCCCCACAAACUGCAGGCUUUGCAGCGGGUUCUGCAGAGCAAGUUCUGCUCAGCCAUCCGCGAGGUCUAUGAGCAGCUCUAUGACACGCUGGAGAUCGCGGGCAGCGCCGAGAUCCGGGCCCACGCCACGGCCAAGGCCACGGUGGCGGCGUUCGCGGCGAGCGAGGGCCAUGCCCACCCCCGGGUGGUGGAGCUGCCCAAGACGGACGAGGGGCUCGGCUUUAACAUCAUGGGGGGCAAGGAGCAGAACUCGCCCAUCUACAUCUCCCGCGUCAUCCCCGGCGGCGUUGCCGACCGGCACGGCGGCCUCAAGCGGGGGGACCAGCUGCUGUCCGUCAACGGCGUGAGCGUGGAAGGGGAGCAGCACGAGAAGGCCGUGGAGCUGCUGAAGGCGGCCCAGGGAACGGUGAAGCUGGUCGUUCGCUACACGCCCAAGGUGCUGGAGGAGAUGGAGGCUCGGUUCGAGAAGAUGCGCACGGCCCGCCGGCGCCAGCAGCACCACAGCUACUCGUCUCUGGAGUCGCGGGGAUAGCAUCCGUCUCGUCCCGUGCUGGGGAGGCCAGGGGCCCCCCAGGCCCAGCCCCCUAAAGAUUCCGUCCCCCCCCCCCCCCCCAGUUUUCGUGUGUAGCUGGGUCUAUUUAUCCGGCCUGUGCCGGCCCCGCCGUGAACCGUAUUUAUUCCCUUAUUUAAAUCUGACCCCUGUGCGUGAGCCGGUGUGAAUCCGCCUGCCGGCCAGGCUGUGGGGAACAACCCCCAAGCUCUGAGAGUCGGAGAGGGUGUGUGAGGGAGAUCCUGGCUUACGGGCAGGGAAGGGGGAGCGGGCUCCUGGAGAAAUUCACUCCCCCCAAACCACCCACCUUACAGGAUUCUCCUUCACUUCCUGUCCCAAAUUCCUGUGCAUCUUUGCCUGUGCACUCCACCCCAGAGGGGCUAUGUCCCAGCGCUGGGCGAGGAGUCCCUGUAUACCCAGCCCCAGCGCCCCACCCCACAGCCAGCCACAUCUCAGCGCCGGGCGAGAGGUCCCUGUGUACCCAGCCACAGCACCCCACCCCACAGCCAGCCGCAUCUCAGCGCCGGGCGAGAGGUCCCUGUGUACCUAGCCCCCCCCGUGCCCCACCCCAGAGGGGCUGUGUCCCAGUGCUGGGCGAGAGGUCCCUGUGUACCCAGCCCCAGCGCCCCCCCCCAGAGCCAGCCGCAUCUCAGCACCGGGCGAGAGGUCCCUGUGUACCCAGCCCCCCCGUGCCCCACCCCAGAGGGGCUGCAUCCUAGCAUGUUGAUGAUGCAGUUUAGAGAGUGGCCACCAGGUGGCGACUUUGCUGCUUAACUGGGGGGGGGGGCGGGGGUGACACUUGGGGGACACUGGGCUUCAGGGUGUGUUGGGCAUUGGUGCCCCACACUCCCGACCUGCAGCCCCCUCCUAGCCCAGCCCUGGGCUCCCCCCCUCCCCCAAGUUCUGCCUGUGCCCCUCCCGAGCCGCAGCAUCAUUUCUGGUCCCUAGGACCCCCCCAUAUCUCCCUUGCCCUGUCCUUUCCAAGGCAGGGGGCACAGAGGCCGGGGGGCUGGGCUCCCCUCCCGCCUCCCAGAUCAGGAGGGGGUGCGGGAAACGAGCUUGGGAAUCAGGGACACGCCCGUCCCCCUGGAGUGAGUCACCCCCUCAAGUCAGUUUUUCUGGUUUGGCCGCUGGGUCUGCCAGGGAAAGACGGGGGUGAAAUUCCCAGAGAAGGAGUCAGAGGGUGGGGCUGGGCGGCAGGACUCCUGGGUUCUCUCCCCAGCUCUGGGAGGGGAGUGAGGUCUAGUGGUUAGAGCAGGGGGGCUGAGA